AUGGCGGACCGAGAUAGCGCCGAGCCGUCCACUGUGAUCGUCGGCGCCUUUCCCGUGUGGGCUAGGCUGCAACAGGCCGCAACCGUAUCGUCGCGACUGCGAUGUCCGAGCCCGCCGUGCUGCCUUGGGGACCACGUGCACACGUAUCGGGGGGGCGACCUCGGAGAGGAGAUGUCGCACGUCCGGGGAACCGUUGUGGUCCGCAGGCCCGACCUGGCGAGAGCUCCCGGAACGCUGGCGCCUGCCUACGACGUGGACUUCAUUAGGACGUUUCAGUCCUACUUCCCUAUCUCGCAAAGCUCGCUGCUCAGAGGAAUGCUCACGGCUGACGAACAGAAUAUGACAUCCACGACCAAACACGCACUUCCGAAGUUCCCCGAGCUACUUGGAGUCACUUCAUUCCUAGGCGCCGUUCGCGAGGGCAACCCUGCUGCGGCAGACGGGUUCGAGGUGCGAGAUGACAGCUUGGUAGUUGUUUUUGCUUUUUUCAAGGCACCGGGCGGCCGGGGCGCUGCUCCCCUUCCGCUCCGUCCACUGGCAAGCCUGAAGGGCUCGAUCGAGAUGGAAGCAAUGAUGGACUACAUUUUGCCGCUUAAUUGCGCUACGGCACACAAAAAUGAGGGAAGGGGCUUCAAAGAAAACGCCGUCGGACCUAUACCGAGUUACGUCAAGCGCUACGAAAAGGUGUUCGUGAUGACCCAAGACUGGGGCCCGAACUACUACCACUUUACGGUGGAGCAUCUGCCGCGGAUCACAUUGGCUUUGGAUAUCCUUCUUAGAAACCCAGAUAUCAUGAUCGCAGUACACUUCCACGAUACCGACCAUUGGCACGACACUUCCACAGAGCUCGAAGCUCAUAUGGGCAUGUUCGAGAUUCUGGGGAUCAGCAGAGAGCGCAUCAUUCUUGUCAAGACAAGGAUCCAUGCAGAUUUAGUGAUUGUGCCGACUACUACUGUUUGCGGCGACCCGGACGCUCACAUGGUCAACAUGCUCAGGAACAGAUUCCUGCAGGGUCUUUUCCCGACCACGGAUGGCGUUCCUCCUGCGCCACCCCGCCCGGUGAUCGUGCUCGUUGUGCGCACCACAUUGCGGGGCCUGAAGAACAACGAGGAGGUAAGAGAGGCCCUGGAGAUGAACUUUCCGAGCUUCGACGUGGUGGAGUUCUUCGGCACAGAUCCCGUCCGAGAUCAGCUCAAGACCUUCGCAAGCGCAGCCAUGAUCAUAGCUCCCCACGGAGCCGGGCUUGCCAACAUGGUCGUCGCGCCACUGCACACUCCGGUGCUGGAAAUAGCCCCGAUAAGGUGCCCCCCCUGCUUCUUGAGGCUCGCGUUGAAGCUUCACCAUGUCUACGCGAGGCAUCCCGGAGGCAAAUGGACAAAACGGUGUCAGACAUGGUACAAGACAGACGUCGACGAAAUUGUCACCCUCGCACGCAGUAGUCUAAUCGAGAUAGAGUUGGCCGCAACUCAAGAAGCCUCCCAGAGCUCUCGAGGGUGCGAAUUGCACGACGAAUACCGCCUGCUCUAG